AUGACAGAUUCUGUUCCACAAACUUCAUGUUCAAAUCAUUGUUAUACUUCUUUUGGUACUGCUAAAUUAAACAUAAGUUGGAAUAUUGCCGAUUUUUUUAAAAUUAAAAAUAUUUACCCAGGGAAUUUUUAUUUAAAAAGUUUACCAUUUGAAGAUAAUUAUUUUUCUAAUUCAUUUUGGGAAAUUUAUCUUAGUAAUGGUAAUUAUAAUGAUUAUAAUGAGAAUGUUAAACUAAGUCUUAGAUUGAAUUCAAAAAAUCUUGAAAAUAAUGUUACACAAGCAAUGUUAUCAAUAUCAACCAUUAUGAAUAAUUCUACAAUUAAACAUUUUGACAACACUUGUUCUUUUUCGAAUAAUUCAAAUAAUGUACGUGAAUUUACUACAAGCCUUAAUUUAAAUAAACAUAAAAGUACACUUGGUAACGAUACUUUAACAAUAUUUUUAGAAAUUGAAUAUAUUUUGAAUGAAAAUAAACAUUAUUUCAAACCUAGUAGCAUAACUUCUGUUACAAUAAACAAGGAUAUGUCAAAUUUUCUUAAUAAUUCAGAAAUCCAACGUAAAUUCAAAAAAUUUUCGGAUUGUACAAUUAUUUGUGGUGACAAAAAGCUUAAUGUCAAUAAAUUUUUACUUAUUUUACAUAGUUCUGUGUUUGAAGCCAUGUUUUCUAACAAAAAUACAUCAGAAUCUAAAGAAAAUUGUAUUAUAAUUUCUGAUUCAUCAAUUGAAGAAGUAGAAAAUAUGGUUUAUUUUCUUUAUAAUUUUGAAAUACCAGAAAAUCCUAGUGUAGAAAAUGUUAUAAAUUUAUUAAGAUUGGCUGAAAAAUAUGAUAUUAAAGAACUUAAAUUUAAGUGUGAAGAAAUACUUAUGGAUAAACUAUCAAAUGAUAAUGUUUGUGAUUUUCUUCAAUUUUCUGAUACUUAUAAUUCUAAAAUCUUAAAGGAAAUAUGUAUUAAAAAAAUACAACAAUGUUUCAGUAUCAUAUCGACAACUGAGAAAUUCUUACAAUUAAAGGAAACUAAUCCAAAACUAGUUAAUGAUGUUUAUGAAUUUGUCAUUUUUAAAAAUGAAAUUCUAAAAGAAGAAUGA